GACUAUGGCGCUCAACAAGAAUCACUCGGAGGGCGGCGGAGUGAUCGUCAACAACACCGAGAGCAUUCUGAUGACUUAUGAUCAUGUGGAACUUACAUUCAGUGACAUGAAGAACGUGCCCGAGGCCUUCAAAGGGACCAAGAAAGGCACCGUCUACCUUACCCCGUACCGGGUCAUCUUUCUGUCCAAAGGCAAGGAUGCCAUGCAGUCCUUCAUGAUGCCGUUUUAUCUGAUGAAGGACUGUGAGAUCAAGCAGCCCGUGUUUGGAGCAAAUUACAUCAAAGGAACGGUGCAGGCUGAAGCAGGAGGUGGCUGGGAAGGCUCUGCGUCAUACAAGUUGACCUUUACGGCAGGGGGGGCCAUCGAGUUUGGACAGCGGAUGCUACAGGUGGUAUCUCAAGCCUCCCGAGGCGAAGCCCCCAAUGGAGCCUAUGGGUAUUCUCACAUGCCCAGCGGGGCCUAUGUCUUUCCCCCGCCCGUCGCCAAUGGAAUGUACCCCUGCCCUCCUGGCUACCCCUAUCCACCGCCCCCACCUGAGUUCUAUCCAGGACCUCCCAUGAUGGACGGGGCCAUGCGAUAUGUGCAGCCUCCACCACCACCCUAUCCUGGGCCCAUGGAACCUCCAGUCAGCGGCCCUGAUGUCCCCUCCACUCCUGCAGCUGAAGCCAAGGCUGCAGAAGCAGCGGCCAGCGCCUAUUACAACCCGGGCGACACACAACGUCUACAUGCCCACGAACCAGCCUCCGCCACCUCCUUACUACCCCCCAGAAGAUAA